AUGGAUAUAAUUGAUCUCGAUCCCAGAAUUGUGAGUCAUCCGGCUGAUCCUAAUCUGCAACGAAAAGACGACAGCGAUCUGGAGCCCAAUUCCUCUCAUCAUCUCGAUAGAAAUCCUGGCCAAAUCAACGACGCAGCGUCUAUGAAUAACGAGCCCAGAAUGUCAACACCAGGCAAUCCGUCUUCUAUCGACCCAACAACACACUUACCUGAUAUUCCUGAAUCUGCAACACCAUUCGAUCCUAACAAUCCCAAACCACAGCAUCUUUACGAUAUGCUUCUGCGCCAUGUAGAGGAAAGAUUUACUUUCGCUUUAAAAGAGAGAUGCCUCAUUCAUAACGACCUUCUCAAAGGCAUUAUUCACUACAAGCAAAAUGACCCUUCUACUACGGCCAAGCUCCUUUUAAGAAGAGAUAAUUUGGUAGCAACAAAGGUGGGUGGAGUGCUACUAGUGGCACCCUGCAAAGAGAUUAACCCGGAAAUGAUCGACUGGGAUCAUCAAGUGGACAAUGUAUACUACGAAAACUUACCUUUUCGCGUAUUGGACAGGCCACUGUUCGCCUCUCCUUUUACAAGAAUCUUAAAAGCACAUUUGUUUAGAAAGGAUUACCAGCAGAGAAGAAGAUCGGUGUACAAAGAAGCAGCCAUAUGGACUAAUGGACGUCACCAGGUUCCAGUUCAAGAAAUCCAUAACAACAUGGAACUCCAGCUAUACAAAGACCAUAUAGAGUUUAUGGCCCAGGCUUACUAUGACCCGAAAGUUGAGAAAGUUAAAAAAAACUGA